AUGGAGAAAGAAAACUGUUCUACCAACAUGGAAUUCAUUUUCUUGGGAAUUACUAAUAAUCCCGAGAAAAAAGUGACUCUCUUUGCCAUGUUUCUAGUCAUUUAUCUCAUUACUCUUGUGGCAAAUAUUGGAAUGAUCCUUCUAAUUCGAAUGGACUCGCAGCUGCACACACCGAUGUAUUUUUUCCUCAGCCACCUGGCGUUCUGUGACCUCUGCUAUUCCACAGCGGUUGGGCCCAAGAUGUUGGUGGACAUCUUUGCCAAGAACAAGUCAAUCCCGUUUUUUGGCUGUGCUCUGCAAUUCUUUUUUUUCUGUAUCUUUGCUGAUGCAGAGUGUCUGCUUCUGGCAGUGAUGGCCUUUGACCGGUACCAGGCCAUUAGCAACCCCUUGCUCUACACAGUCAACAUGUCUGGCAAGGUGUGUUACCUUCUGGUGGCUGUGGUUUACACGGUGGGAGUGGCAGACGCUCUAACACACACGACCUUAACCUUCCGCUUAUGUUUCUGUGGGUCAAAUGAGGUGAACCACUUCUUCUGCGAUUUACCCCCACUUUAUGUCAUUUCCUGUUCUAGUAUAGAAGUCAAUGAGCUAGCCUUAUUCACCGUUUUUGGCUUCAUUGAACUGAGUACCAUUUCGGGAGUUCUUGUCUCUUACUGCUACAUUUUCCUAUCAGUCUUGAAAAUCCGGUCUGCAGAGGGCAGGUUCAAAGCGUUCUCCACCUGUACCUCCCACCUGACGGCCGUGGCCAUCUUCCAGGGCACCAUGCUCUUCAUGUACUUCCGGCCGAGUUCUGCCUACUCGCUGGACCAGGACAAAAUGGCCUCGUUGUUUUAUACCCUUGUGAUCCCCAUGCUGAAUCCCCUGAUUUACAGUCUGCGGAACAAGGAUGUGAAAGAUGCCCUGGUAAAACUGAAAACUAAAACGUGGUUUUAA